ACACUCGCACACGGGCUCUCAAGGUGUUCUCCGCACAGCGGAAGAUGGCGACAGACUGAGGGGGCAUGGCCAGCGGGAGCCACGGGGCCAUGCCUUUGGGCGGCCGCCACAGCGGUGCGAAGCAGAGGCGGAAGCGAGAGGCGCACUAAGUAAAGCCGGGCGUCCGCGUCCGGCGUCUGUGGCGCUGCGGGGAGCCAGGUGGCCCGCCCGAGCCGGAACUCCGGGAGCCGCGGGUGCGGAGCCAGUGCGGAGCCGGCCCGGGACCAGCCCCGGCGGACUGCCAGAGCGCGAGGGAAGCCCGAAGGACCGGCGGCGGACCGGCCGGCCGGCCUAGGAGGGCACGAGCGAGGCGGGGAGCUGCACGGAGCGGGCAGCGGGCAGCGGGCAGACGGGCGGGAGAGGAGCGGCGCGGGCGAGGGGAGCGGAGCGGAGCGCGGCGGGGCCCGCACGGCGGCGCUGAGGGGCGCAGAGCCGCGCCGAGCCGAGACGGACGGCCGGAGCGGAGUGCGAGUCGGGGGGCCGGGGGCGCGGAGUGAAGUGGCGCGGAGCCCAGGGCAGCUGAGGGGCCCGACACUAUGAGGAGUGCGGCGCCGCCGCCGCAGCCGCCACCGCCCCAGUGCCCCGCACCGCCCCCCGCCGGGACGCCGGGCUGCGCCUAGCGGGCCGGGCGGCGGCGACCCGGCUGCCAGCAGGGGAGCGCGGGAGGGGCGCGGGGACGGCCCGAGAGCGCCCCGCCACUCCGGCCUGAGCGGGGCCCCGGGCCGGCCGGCCUGCCUAACCAUGCGGCCCCCGAGGUAGAGCCUGGACGGCGCUGAGGAGCGCGGUGCGGUGCGCAGCCCGCCCUCCCGAGACGGCCGUCCGGCCUCGCGCCUGCCUACUCCCUCCAGCCCGGACCCCCCUGAAAUAUGUUCAGGGGCGCUUGGAUGUGGCCCGGGAAAGACACCGCCGCGCUGACUAUCUGCUGCUGCUGCUGCUGCUGGGCUCCCAGGCAGAGCGACAAACCUUGCGCCGAUUCGGAGCGGGCGCAGCGAUGGCGACUGUCCCUGGCGUCCCUGCUCUUCUUCACCGUGCUGCUCGCUGACCAUCUGUGGCUGUGCGCGGGGGCCCGGCCCCGGGCCAGGGAGCUGAGCAGCGCCAUGCGGCCGCCCUGGGGGGCUGGCCGCGAGCGGCAGCCGGUGCCUCCUCGCCCCGUGCUGCCGCUGCCGCCGCCGUCGCCGGGCGAGUCCAGAGCGUCCUCGGGCACCUGCAGCCCGCGAUACAGCAACCUGACCAAAGCCGCCCCUGCAGCCGGUUCUGGGCCGGUCUGUAACAGCGUCCCUGAGCCCACCGGGCUGGACGCAGCUUGCACCAAAUUGGAAUCUUUGCAGAAACUUUUCGAACCGACCACCCCGGCUCCCCCUCUGCGGCCCCCCGACUCCCCUUCCCGUGACCCGGAGUUCCCCUCUGCCAAAAAAAACUUGCUCAAAGGCCACUUUCGGAACUUCACUCUCUCCUUUUGCGACACCUACACAGUCUGGGACUUGCUGCUUGGCAUGGACCGCCCCGACAGCCUGGACUGCAGUCUGGACACCCUGCUGGGGGAUCUACUGGCCGUAGUGGCCAGCCCGGGCUCCGGGACCUGGGAGGCAUGUAGCAGCUGCAUAGAGGCAUACCAGCGACUGGACCGACAUGCUCAGGAAAAAUAUGACGAGUUCGACCUCGUGCUGCAUAAAUACUUACAGGCAGAAGAGUACUCUAUCCGGUCCUGCACGAAAGGCUGCAAGGCUGUCUACAAGGCUUGGCUGUGCUCAGAAUACUUCAGUGUGACCCAGCAGGAAUGCGAGCACUGGGUGCCCUGCAAGCAAUACUGCCUGGAGGUGCAGACCCGGUGCCCCUUUAUCCUCCCUGACAAUGAAGAAAUGGUGUAUGGAGGCCUCCCUGGUUUUAUCUGUACAGGGUUGAUGGAUACUUCACCAAAGCGGCCGGAAACCAAGUGCUGUGACGUGCAGUGGGUCUCCUGUGAGUCGGAGAAGAAGAAGUUCAAGGACUCUGAGCCCCCUAAAACCCACCACCAGCAAUUCCACCACUCCUAUUUUCACCACUACCACCAACAGUACCACCACUACCAUCCCCGCCAUGAACCCCCAAGCCGUGUCAGCAACAAGCCCUCCCUGCUGCCGGUUUCUGGGGGCUCCCGCCUCAGUCCCAGCAGGAUCCGGCUCUGUGUCCUUGUUCUUAUACUCCUCCAUACCGUAGUGUCCUUCUCCAGCAGCCAGGGUGGUGGGGGACUGGGGCUGGAGACACUGCCUGCCCUAGAGGAGGGGCUGACACAGGAAGAGUGACAACAGGGAGGGAGGACAAACCUCCACCACAUUCUGACAUCAACUCCAGCCUGGCUCCAGGCUGGGGGAAGGAAGCACCUCCCACAGGAGGUGUAGGAUCAGGUGGGGGUGGGGGAGAAAUAGGGGACCAGAUAUUGUCCCCAAUCUACCCCUGCCCUAAAAGCAGCUCCAACAAAAUGGCCAGAAGGCCCCCAAGGAGCUGUAAACUUCACCCAGGAGAAAAAGGUAGGAGUAGCAGGUGUCCCCUCCCAAGCCUCACCUAUGGGGCUUAGUUAUAAAAGGGGGGAGGGGCUGGAGUUGCCCAAUCCUGCCAAGAGCCCUGACCCCAGGGAAGGAGGCUGCUUACCCAGCCUCAACCCUGCAGGGAAUGUUGGGGGCACAGAGGGGAGUAGUUCUCCCCCUCCACAUUCCUUCUGUUGCCAAGAUCCUUAAUUCCCUCCUGCCCAUAUCCCUACAGGUGACGGCAGACAGUGUGGCUGCCCUCCUGCUGCUUCAGCACCCUGAGUGUGGGGCCAGCACAGGAUGAGGCACACAGUGUAACAGCUAGGAAGGUGCCCCAGUUAGGCUGCCCCCACCACCCUAGGCAAUGAGGGACUAGAACUGGAUAUGGAAUGAGUGGUAAAAGAGAAGAAAGAUAGGGAAGGGAAGAAGAAAGGGGAGAGGCAGACAGAAAGCCUGAAGAGAUGGCUACACUAAUGAUAGUUGGCUUUUGGGAGGUGGGUGAUUAGUGUUGAGGCCAGUUCAAGAGUGGCCCCCAAAAUCAGAAGGAGUUGCAUUAAGAGAUCCCUGGGGAAAGAGCCCAGGAGCCAAAACCCAGAAGGUUGAGGGCACAUGGUUGGACUGCCGCUGUCUGGAGGGCCAUAUCUUACAGAAGGUGCACACACUCCCUAGGGCUGCUCUUGCCCUGGAAAUCUUGGCCUUGUGGCCACAGAGCUUUCAUUUCCAAUCUCCACAGGGAGGAGGGACUUGAGCCCAAGUGCAUCAGGCCUGGCCUGGGUCCCUAUACUCCCCAUCUUGUCCUAGCCCAGGCCACCAUGAAGGAGAGCUGGUGGUGUUGCCCCAGAGCUCUCCAGAGAUUAGCCUCCCCUACCCCAUCCUGUGUCCAUCCCCAGCCUACCAAAGAGUAUUCAUCCCUUCCCAUUCCUGACCUUGUGGCCUAUUGUCCCACUAGGGACAGCUAGACUCCUCCUCACCCUUUAGCAGGUCCCUUUCUCUAGCCACCCCUUGCCCUUGCUGGACAAAGUUCAGAGACUGGCAAGAGGACUCUGACUGGAGAUAAAGUACUGCUGCUAACCCUUGCCUGAGGAACUCGUUUAGUCAGGCUAGAGGGAUGAGUGAGAGAUGAGGCUUGGGAGCCUUUGGCCUUGCUUGCACUGACCUGCUGGAAGAAAAGGAAGGCCACAUUGCCUAGGCAUCUAAAAGCCAAUGAAAGCUGACAAGAACAGGAGCCAGAUCAUUUGUGGGACAGGCCAGGGGCUUUCAGAGACCAAAAGGACACAUAAGGGAGGAUAGUCCUGGAGCAACAUUACAGAGAAACAAGAGGGGAGGGGAAGAAGAAGCUGCACUUUGCCAGCUUUGUGAUAGAUGGAAGCCCUCCCUAGCAGACAAGGGUUCCUUCAUUCAAGGGCCACUGUUGGAUCCCAAAUCAGCUUCUUGAGCCUAUGGAGCCCUUUUCUCUGCCAGUUUACUCAUAUCUCACAGCCUGUCCUCUGCCUGGACCCUGUGUCCUCCAUCUUUUGGCCCUCAGCACUUCGGGCCUGGCCACAUACCCCAUCCCUAGAGUGCUCUUUUCAGCUGGGGAGGGUAAGAGGUGCUGGAUCCUUCCCAGAUGUGCUUAUGUGUAAGUGAAAGGCAGGGGCUUGGGCUCCAGAGAGAUCCCAGUACUGCCUUCUGACUCCUGCAUCCUCAGGAGGGGAUAAAGGACUGGGAAGCAAAGGGGGACAAUAUGGUCCCAGGGAAUGGACCCUUGGAGACUCCCAUCCUCUCUUCCCCCUCACCAAGUGCCCAGGAGACCCCUGGCUCAGACCAGCCCAAGGCCUUGCCCAGUGGCAGGGGAAAGGGGCACCACACUCCACCUCACAGUCAUUUGACUGUCCCCAUCGACCCAACCCCCUAAUCUUCCUCCACCUCCCCAGCUGCCCCUGCCCUCCGUCACAGGCAGCAGAGCUGGGCAGCUUUCUUAUGCCAUUUUCUACACUGUGCUUCAUGAGUAGGACUUUCUUGCACUAGUUCCUAUUACUGAGUCUCCAAGCUGGUUCCCUAGUAGUCUCCCAUCCCUUCCUCCUUUCCCCGGCUAUGGUUCAGUUGUCUCUGCCUUCCUCUUUACCUGCCUCUGUGUUUCAGUGAGAGUGUCUGUAUGUGUACUGCUUUCUGUUUUGUUGCACUGUGGGGCAGAGACCUCUCUGCUCUUGUUUAACCCCUUAAAGAAAUAAAAGCUAAGACUUGA